AUGGAAGAAGCUAAAGAAACUAGGAAAUCCUACCAAAUCCGUGCCUUAUUUAGAAAGUCUGCCGUGAUGCAGCUGAGACAGAAAGGCACCAACUUUUGCCAAAUUAUCACCCCAAUUUUUUGUCUGUUGUUAGUCUAUCUGAUGAAAGAAAUUGCCCAAAGCCAAAUCAAGGGAUAUAUAAAAGUCCUAUAAAUUGCCCAUUAAAUAAUCCAAGACAUUUUUAAAUUAAAAUUCAGGGCCAUAUAGGGGAAAACCCUAUACAAAUGAUGCGGUAAUUCUGGAAACAGUCCCUCGAAUUCUGAACCCUCCACUUGUCCCUAAUUAUUUGUUAUACAACCUAAUAGGGCUGAAAAUAGACGAUUGCGAACAGUGAUAUUAUUACGAUUUUGAAACCAAUGACCCAGAAACUCACGAAUUUGUAGGGACUCUGACUGGAGAAUAUUUUGAUACAAAUAAUAGCACCAGCACGGGACUAUUAGGACAGAUUCCAAACUACUUUUGCAGAAGCAACGUGAAGCAGAAUCCUUAUUUCGCCAGACCAGAAAGUACCAUAAAUCAAGAUAUUUUUGAUACAAUAAAGGUUAUGAACGAUAACCCGAUCUACAAUAAGCAGUCCAUAUAUGGCUCGUUUCUUCCAGACGGAGCUGUGACUUUUUAUAGUGCAAAUAAGACGAGCUUGAAGUAUAAAGCACAGAUAAAUGACCACAGAUUCCAAGCUUACCAUAGAAAUAAUGGGGUCACUAAGCUCAAUUAUCCAUCAGGAGGUGUGAAUAGCACUGGCUAUUCCAGCAUUUUGACAAUCACUGAUGGAAUGUUGACGCUGAUUGACAUGAUCCACCAAGCGCUAUUUAGGUCGCUUUUUAAUGAUACAGAAAUUAUGACGCUGAUACAAUAUAUGCCGAUUAAGUUUCAUGAAACUGCAGAGCUUAAUAGGCUGCUUAAUAUUAUGGGGGCAAGCUUAUACCCUAUUGCGCUUUCACUAUUAUUGCCUGUGUUUAUGUAUUCAGUAGUGCUUGAAAAAGAAGAAAAGCUGCAGGAUUUUAUGAAAAUGAAUGGUAUGAGAAUUGCGAAUUAUUGGCUAGUUAACUUUAUUUUUGAUUUUAUUGUGUAUUCGUUGACAAUUGUCACUUUUAUGAUUUUUGGCGUUUUUGUGGUGCAGCUGCAAUAUUUUACACAGACAAAUGGGCUUUUAGUAGUAAUUGUUCUUGUCGGGUGGGGAAUUUCACAAAUUUCUUUGGCGUUUUUCAUACAAGUUUUCAUCAAUAAAGCAAGAACAGCGACCAUUUGGGGUUAUUUGCUUUCAAUAUGAACAGUGUUAUGGGGGAUCACUUUAAAUUUAGCAGUAUAUCCAAUUCCACAAAGACUCCCAGGCUAUCUCUUCAUGUAUCCCCACUUUGCAAUGACCCGCGCAAUUUAUAUCCUCAGCUACAACUGUGGUUAUUACAAAUGUGUAGAAGAAUUCAGCGAAGUCGACGACGAGCUAAAAGACUGCAUUGUUUCUUUAUAUGUAGCUGGGACUGUUAUUUUGAUCAUUGCUUUAUAUCUAAACGAAAUUGUCCCUAGAGAAUUUGGAGUAGCCAAGCAUCCUCUAUUUUUCUUGAAAAGAAAAAAGCCAAUUGAAAGAAACCCUAAUUUAUUAGAAAGCAGUGACGAAAUUGGAGAUGUUUAUGCAACAGAAUUAAUAGAUGAAGACCAACAGGUUAAAGAAGAAAGACAUUUGGUCUAUAAUCUGCAAGGAUCUUAUUCUGCUUACCCAUUAGUUGUAAAAGAUAUCAGAAAAAUUUAUAAAGGAAAAGCAGGGAGACCUGAUAAAAUUGCUGUAAAAAGGAUGUGUCUGAAAAUAAAUGAGGGGGAGCUGUUUGGGCUGUUAGGACCAAAUGGGGCUGGAAAAACUACACUGAUUAGCAUGCUUACUGGACUGUAUAAGCCAGAUGGCGGAAAUGCAUGGAUAGGAGGUUUUGAUAUUAUUAAUGAGUUAGACCAGGUCCAGCUAGUUAUGGGUGUAUGUCCACAGUUUGAUAUUUUAUGGCCAGAAUUGACAGUUUAUGAGCACUUAUUAUUUUAUGCGCGUCUCAAAGGAAUUCCACCAUCAGACGAGCACAAUAGAGUGCAGCUCGCAAUGAAAGAUGUGUAUUUGACUCAGUUCAAAAACUUAAAAACCAAUGAACUAUCAGGAGGCAUGAGACGUCGUCUGUCAGUUGCUAUUUCUCUAGUAGGAAAUCCAAAAAUUGUAUUUUUAGAUGAGCCUACCACUGGCUUAGACCCAGAAAACAGAAGGCAGCUUUGGGAUAUUUUGGCGAAUUGCAAAGAAGGGAAAGCAAUGGUAUUAACGACCCAUUCUAUGGAAGAAGCUGAUGUAUUGUGCUCAAGAAUAGCUAUCGUCAAUGAAGGAGUUUUAAGAUGUAUUGGCCCACAAGUUGUUCUUAAAUCUUUAUAUGGAGGUGGAUAUCACUUGUUUAUUAAUUGCCAGAAGCCUAGUCAUCAUUCUAGUGAAGACCAAGAAGAAAUCGUAGAUCAAGUCAAAGACUUCGUGAAAAAUGUUUUGCCUGCUGCAAUAAUUUUAUCUGAGUUUAAUGGGAACCUUAUUUAUCAAAUACCACUAGGAUGCUGUAAGGUUUCGUCUAUAUUCAGUGAAUUUGAGCAGAACAAGCUUAAAAUUGGGAUUGCUGAUUGGGGGAUAUCUCAGUCAUCAUUAGAAGAUGUGUUUAUGAGAGUAAUUGGUGCAGAUUAA